CCUCCAUCCCCGUUGCGUUUAAAUGUACUUGCCCAAUUCGCAUCAAUGUACGAAGUAGCUAGACAUUUUUUGUAGACGCUAGCUUCAAUCUAUCUAUCUAUUCUUUUUAGUCAUCUAUUUAAGAAGAGUCCAACCAAUACUUUACUACAUUUCCUAUAUUUACUAAACCAAUCGCCGUUACAUCUCAAUACUACUUGUCUUCCUAGUUGGUAGACUUGUAGAGGGGGCGUGCAAGAACCCCAACUACGCCGAUCCAUGAGCAUUUCUCCAUUACUUACCUACUUACCUACUUACCUACUUACCUACUUACCUAUCAUCUAAUAAACUCCCUUUUUCUGACGUGAGGUGCUACUUGAAAACCCGCUUCAGGUUCAGCCCGAUGAACCCUUUCGCAGUCGGUAUUCACGGAAACUCCGGUAAUAACCUGGCGCAAUUUAAUUGCUGCCAAUCGAGGACCACCACCUUCUAUCCGGUAACCCUCUACGACCUAGGAUCCUACGAUAUUGCUACCUCAGUCUCGCCCGCUGUGGCCCUCCCAAACACGAAUAUCGAGCUUGUCGACCGGAAGAACCAAUAUCAGUAUGGGUUCGGCCGUAGACGACGCGACGAAUGAUCAUAAGGAUGGGUCUAAUCUGGGUGAAUGGAGCUCGCUCAUUGGCAUUAUAACGGCAAUAUCAGGCAAUGUCUUAAUCGCUCUAGCGCUCAAUGUCCAGAGGUAUUCGCACAUUCAACUCCACCGUCGAAAAGUCGAGGCACGGGAACGAGCGAGGGAGGCUCUAAGGAAGGCAAGGAACGGACAUCAUAAUGGCUACGGAACAACUGAAACAUCUGUCGCCGACUCACAGAACAAUAGCGACGAAGCAGCCGACACGGAAGGUGUUCAUCUGCUUUCCCAGUCGAUACAGUCGGACGAUUCUAACUUGACCGAACGGUCAUGCGACGACUCCAAGGUUUCUUCAACAUACUUGAAGUCUCCAUCCUGGUGGGCAGGUCAGGUCCUCAUGACUGUUGGCGAGAUGGGCAACUUUCUAGCCUAUGGAUUUGCGCCGGCUUCGAUCGUAUCUCCGCUAGGCGUCGUAGCCCUAAUAUCAAACUGCGUCAUCGCGCCUAUAUUCUUCGGCGAGAGGUUCCGGAAGCGCGACUUCUGGGGUGUAGUAAUCGCUGUUGGCGGUGCUGUUACGGUCGUGUUAAGCGCCAAGCAAGAGGAGACAAAGUUGGAUCCGCACGAUGUUUGGGAUGCAAUCACGACGAUGGAAUUCGAGAUUUAUAUGGGCAUCUCUAUUUUUCUUAUUAUAAUGCUGAUGUGGGCGAGUCCAAGAUAUGGUAGCAAGUCAAUCCUGAUUGACCUGGGACUUGUUGGAUUAUUCGGGGGAUAUACCGCUCUGACAACCAAGGGCGUCUCUUCGAUGCUUUCGUCAACCCUCUUUAAAGCGUUUACUACCCCAGUGACAUACGGCCUCGUAAUGAUUCUGCUGGGGACCGCAGUCAUGCAAGUCCGAUACGUGAAUAAGGCACUACAACGGUUCGAUUCGACUCAGGUUAUACCUAUACAGUUUGUACUGUUUACUUUAUCUGUAAUUAUUGGAAGUGCCAUUCUGUAUCGAGACUUCGAGCGCACGACGGCACAGCAGGGCGUCAAAUUCAUUGGUGGCUGUCUUCUCACCUUCUUCGGUGUCUUCCUCAUUACAAGCGGCCGGCCGCGACAGGAAGAUACGGAUGAGCUAUCGGACGACGAAAAUGUGGAAGAGACUAUUGGUCUCCGAGACCAAGAAGCGUCCGGGUCUUACAAUAACCGAGCUGAGCAGCCUAGAGCAGACGAACAACAACCAACUUCUUCGUCGCUAUCGAGGCGUCCGUCGCACGUCUCACGAGUCAGUUACCCAAAUGCAGGUACCAAAUCUUUACCUCGCCCACAAAGCAAAGCCCCUUCAAUCAACAAACCCAACGCGUCAGCUUCAAGAACAUCCCUUCUCCCAACCCCAGCCGAGGCAUCGCCAUUGCUUGAUAAUCCAUGGAGAAACUCCCUUGAGGAUCAAUCGUUCCAUCCAGGACUACCACUUAGAUCGUCAGCGGAUAGCGUCCCAACGGUAUAUUCGGUGGCUUCCGCCGCUAUAUCGGAACCCCUUCAAUCGACCGCAAGUCUUUCGCAGCCGGUUCUUCCAUCAUCAUCUCCAGAUCGGCCAACAACUCCACGGGCUUCUCAAACUUCCAGGCCACACAGUCAUCACUUUUCCAAUGCCUUCAUUUCUCCAUCGCCGCUGUCAUCAACUGUCAGCGCCGUGGUAGCUGAUGCUCUUCUACGUGGUGAAGAGAACCCAAGUGGCCGAAGAAGGCCAACUCGACGAACAAGGCCUGGCGUUAGAUCGAGCUUAUUCGUCCCCCAUAGUGAGGACGAUAUCAGUUCGGUAGCCGAACCUCUUCUUCAAGGUUAUCGCGACGACGAGGAACUUUCCUACCAGGACGACCCCUUGCCAAGCGACCACAAAGCAAUUCGAGGACGAGCGCGCAGCCUGAGUAGUACAUUAGGAGAGUUCUUCAGACGGAAGAAGCGGAGAAGGGUUUCGGAUCCGGAAUCGGGUACAGACUACGAGAGUGCGCAUAGCGAUACUUCGAGAGUCGACCAAUCGAGCAACAACUAGGGCAGGCGUUGGUCUAUUUACAAAACUGCAUUCAUAUUAAUACAUCCCCAGGCGUGCUAAAGUGUCAAUUCUUUUAUGGGUGAGACGGAGCGGGGUUGCAUUGGAUAGGAGUUUGGUGUUUUCUCAACGGUAUCGUCGCUAGAGGCGCGCGGCUCUGUCCAUACCCAGCUCGUAUAGGGCUACUCUACUUUUGAAGCCCGCAUAGAUCUUUAUUGAAAAUUAUAAUUGAGAUAUCCCUUUUGUUUAGAUAUUAGUCUAUCGUAUUUGGUUGAUUUAUUAUUAUAUGCAUAUAUUUUCUUACUAUAGUCUAACCAGAGCACUUACGCAAUUAGUAUCAG